UAAAACUGGGCAGCCGCCGGGUUGCUGCUGGGCUGCACAGCUCCUGAAGUGCAGCUUCCAGUCAGCCUGUGGCGCUGGGAGGUGGAUGCACUCGGGGAGUCCCAAGCACGCUGUGCUUGCUGGAACGCUGAAGCAGAGGCAGCGUGUGGCCAUGCCUUGGGAGGGCAGUGUGGAGACACGGGACUUGGGAUGAGCUGCAGGUAUGUUGGUUUUGCGUGGUUUUCCUCCCUGCUGCAAUGGUGAUCAGCCCUCUGGGCACAGCUGAGCAUGUGCCCACUUCCCGUCCAGCUGCCUCGAGCAGGCUGCAGCAUUCAGAGAGGAGGAGGAGGCUGAUCUUCAGCCUCUGGCUGUGGGGAACAAACAGCGCUCUCUUCACAGUGCCAAGCAAAUCGCUAGAGAAGAGGAGUAGCACAGAAUAAACAAAAACAAUUGAAUAUACCACAGCCUGGAGAGAGCAGGUGCAGUGAAACCGCUUCAGACUGUGCACACAAGAAGAUUUUACAAGUGAGUCUUUAAAGAAUAACUGGGGAAAAGUGGCAUAAUUAAUGUAUCAGCUGCCGUGCAAAUGUCUCAAACAAGUAACAUUUUAAAGAGAGAGCUCUGCUUUGUGUGUGAACUUAAAUCAACACUUGUCCUGCCUGAAAUUCUUUUGUGCUGACUGCAGGGAGAGCUUGGAUUUUAGAAGUGUGUUUUCUAAUGUUGCAGAGCAAUGCCAUCUAGGGCAUAGAGCCUUACAGUUAUUCCUAACAGGAAUGCUAUCCAUCCUUAGUGACAGAGCUUCCUGGAUUGAAUAUUUAUAACUGGUUCAUCACAUCUGCAUUAGGCCUGUUGAAAUUUGCUCAUUUUCAAUAUCUGCUUCCAGUUUUCUGGACUAUGCUCAGUGUCAGGUAUUAAUGGAUUGCUUUGUCUCAACUGGAACAUAAUGAAUUUCUGGAUAUACCUUAUUUCUUCCUUAAAUCCUCUUGGCAGCUUUCAUCCGUGCAGCACAGCAGGGAUUAUCGAUGGUCUCUCUAAUCUUCAGCUACUCAAGGAAUCUGCUAUGGCUGUGAUUAGAGCCACAGUACACUUGGGCAGUAGAUUAAAAUAUUAAAUCUAACAGGCCAGAUCUUGUCAUCCUCACUCAAAGCUACUUACUGUAUUGUUGAGGCUCCCUGUUCAAACCAAGCUGCCUGUAGAGUAGUGGUGUGCGUUAGCUGAACACACCCCAACAACCUGGCCCGGUCACAGCUCUGUCCUCACUCCUGGGUGAUGCAGCUCUCUCCAGGCUGAAGAUGAAGUGCCAAAUACAAGGUAACAAUCUGCUGGGUUGAGUGGAGGUCUGUGGCAGUAAUGACUUACGAACCUGGACUCGUGGUCCAGGUUCAUUUUUUUAUGUACCAUCUCUUCCUCUUGCUUCCUGCUAUUUGAACUCAUGAUGCUUGGCCUUUCUCGAGAAUGGUUGUAGUAUUCAGUGGCACUUUGGACAAAUACUGUUUGCCUCUGCAAUGGGUUUUGUUCUGUGUACACGAAUUUGCUCCCCAGUAGAGAAUAGCAAGUGCUUUAGCUCUCAAACCAAUCUCAGGACAUUCUUCAAACUCCCAAGGCUGCACACCAGGUUCUAGACCAGCCAGCUUCUCCCUGCCUCUGUGAGAGUUACAUUUGCAGCUGAUCAUCCUCAAGUUACUGGUCUUGUAUGACUUUGUUGUUUUUACAGGGUGCUCCAAACCGAAAGCAAAAUACUUACUACAACAUGAAAGCAUACUGGGAAAUGUUAGUACUUUCACUAAUAAACACAAGAGCUUUCAGUGUAGCUGCAGGAAUUCUUUCCCCUCCCUUGGAAUAAUGGAAUUCUUGCUGCUAUCUGAGCAUAGAGGGGGCCUGAUUCUCCUCCAGGUUCGUAGUUCGUUGGUUCCAAGAGGUAAUAAAGCAAAUGCCUGCUGACACCUCAGAACAGCAUUGCCUGUGGGCACUCCAAGUCUGGAGAAGGGUUAGAUGUUAAAAGUAUUAAUUAAGAAGCAUAAAUUACAUGAGUAAUUAAAUUUUUGCAGGGUCUAGUUAAACAGUGCACUGUUAAAAAAACACGAUGCUGAAGUGACAAAUAAUAGGUUCAUCACAGUUCUCCAUACUGACCUGUUGUCCCAUAAAUUGGUAUGGUGUAUGUCACUCCUCCCUGUAACUGGAGAUCUGGAGCACAGAUGACUUUAUUUAGAAAACUAUUUUAAAGCCAGGCUACAAACGCUGUCUUUUUCCCUCUUCAGUGUAAAGAUAAAAGGAUGAAUCACAAUCAUUGCUUUCCUGCAAGUUAAGACAGCUGUGAGAGAAAGACUGGAAAUAUCAGCCUGGUUUUUUUGAAGGUGAUGAGAGCAUGCUGGUUUUUGCCAGGACUCCAUCCACCCAUAAUGAAGGCAGAGGCUGGUUUCCUCAGUAGCUGGUACUUCCAAGUCCAAGCUUGGAUCAACUCAGGUCGCUGUGCUUCAGUGGUGGGUGAAAGACAGCAAUCAGCGGUGCUGAACUUGGGCGGACAGAGGAAGUCCUUACCCAAACACAGGUCCUACCACUGCUUCUCUCCUACCCACACAGUGCCACCUAAAAAAAGAUACGUGCUCAGCAGUGGGAUCAGAACAUGGCUCUGAUCAUCCCCAAGUUCCUGAGGAUUACUCACAGCUAGUGUCUGGCAGUCAUCACCUCCCUUGACAGAGAUCUCAUCACUACUGCCACAUUACUUUGGCUCGGACUGUAGAGAAAGGAAUAGCUUUUGGCAGAUACACAGCUGGAAUGAGCUUUCAUUGGCAGCUGGAGGCUCGUUAGUGCGCCUCCCUUCUUGCUCCCUGAGCUAGUGAGGCUGCUGGUGAGGAGAUGGAUAAGAUGCCAUAGCCCUCACACCUUCCUUACACGGAGAGGGCAGGACGUGUGUGGUGUUCCUCUGUUGCUCUGACUCUGCAGGGGCUUUCUGAGAAACCUGGGCUUCUGGUGCACACCUUCUUUGGGAGCUGAGAUGUCCAAGCCUUCGCACAUCCCUGUAUGGAUGCACAUUUUGUGUGAAUACUGUUGUCAAAAAAAUUCUUGAAAUUAAAAGAGAGGGAAGGUAAAAAGUAAGUGCUGCUGAGCUGGAAAUGGAGUUAUGCGGCUUUUCCACUUACUCAUUUCCUGGCUGCUGAGGAGGCUUAGCUGUUGUCGGCUCUCCCAUCAGAACUCCACCAUGGAGAUCCGUAUUGAUGUGAAGGAGUGCUGGAAAGCUGUUGGCCAGAUCUACCUUCAUGGGACAGGGCUGAGAGAAAGGGAGGAGGUGGAACAAGGAGAGAUUCUGCCUCACUGUGCAUUGCAGAGCACGGAACAACUCAGGAUCCCAAUUCUAGUCCAGCUACAAAAAACUAGUCUUGCAGAAAAACUAGUUGGCUCAGUUCUGUGGGGUUUUGUUCACUGGUUGGUUAGCGGGGGUUUUUGGUGGCUUAUUUUCUUUGCAUAUGUGUAAUUAUGUUCCCUCUGAUCACUGUAUGAAAAAGUAAUUAGGAAAACUAAACAAAACAUCUCGGUCUGUUUUGCUCUUAAGCAGCUUUUGCUGUGCCUCGUGCAUGCAGUUUGAUUCCCAUCUCCCUCCUCCCUUGCUAUAAGGAACAGCUGAGUGCAAAUCAGAACAAGAAAUCCAGCUCGAAGCCGCAAGUAUAAUACACAUAAUGCUGCCAAGGGUAAGAUUUGGAAUGUACUGAAGUAAUCACUGUCACAUGCUAUAAAAUGAAACACACAUCAUGUUUUCAGGUGAGAACAGGUCACUCUGAAGUCAUUGGUGGACAUCACCUGGCUGCAGAGGCUGGGGUGGGUGCACCUCCACGGCUGGGAGAUGGCACAGUUGCUCCUGUGGCGCAGCAGCAAUGUGUUCAGCUCACAGGAGAGAGAUGCAAGCAACUCCUCUGUCUUUUCCUGUGCUGCAGUUUCUCUUCUCACUCCCGCAGAGCUCACAGCAGUGUGACAGACGUCUAGGGCAGGAGCCAGUGCAAGAGGAGAGUGUCUUGACGCUGGAAUCUUGGCUACCGUAAGAGAAGCUAGCCAAAGGAAUUAACAGUUUCUGCUCCUUGCUGCAGCUGCCACGGUGUGACAAGAGAUAAGCAAGUCUGUAUUCCAUCCCCGUGGUAUCUACUCGGGACACUGGAGAUCCAUGCUCAUAACACGCUUUGUACUCGGGAUGUGAUUUUUAUAGCUAAAGUACACGCUGCCGUGGCCCAGUCACAUCCAAAUUCCAUGGGAAAACUUCCCUCGCCUCUCCAUGGCUUAUAACACAGCAGAGCAGCAGCUUGGGGAAGACUGUAUGCCAGUCUUGUCCAGACUAGUCAGGUGCUCAGGGGCAUCCCACCUUGAAUCCUUCCGCCUACACGUUGGUCUCUGACCCGCAUCCGUAUGAUGAGAAAUACAGCCCAGCUGUUCAGGGCUUGGGAAAAACUGCUGUUCUGCAGGCUUACUGUAUGUAUAGAAAACCAUGCCAAGCCCAUCUCGCAGCUGGAUUUGAGGGGAGGGGUCUCAGUCAGGGAUAAAUAAGAAACACAAGCCAUGAAACUUGAUGCCAUAUCUCUGAUCCUUCAAAGGCUGUACCAGGCAAAGGCUUUUCCAGUGAAUUUUUUCCAGUUCUUAGAGCUCAGUUCUGCUCCAGUUUUGCAGGGCUGGCUACGUCCUAACUUGCCUCUUGUUUACUGCCUUUUCUGCUCCUGUUUUCAUCUGUGGCUGGCAGUUCACCUCACUGCUCCCAAAUGUUUGGGCGGGGAGGCAGGGGCGGGGGGUAGUGGUGUCUUCCCCUCUCUCUGUAAGGGUAGCCAAGGGCUCUGAUGGCUCUGCCAAACCAGGCACCGCAAGACUGGACUUCAGUUCCAUCUUCUAGGCUCCUGAAUAAACACCAGCAGCUCCCAUUGGACUGAAAAGUCGGUCACAAUACAGCUUGUGAUGAAUGCAUUUUAAUGUCUGUACGGUGUUCAUGCAGGUGGAGCCAUUGCCAGAGGCCCUGGAGACGCCUUGUAGAACUCAUCACUGCUGCCACAGCUGGCAAGCAGGAUUGCUCCAGCUCACGCCAGCGAAGUCUCACACCUCGGUCAAAAGGCAGCUAUAGAUUGGGGGGAAGCUGCCGCAACAGGAGCUGCUCAGCGGGACUAAGCCAGGGCUCUUAGGCCCGAGGAUAAAUGGGAGCUUUCAUGGAAGCCAUGGAUUAAUAUAAAUAUCACCUUCUUGGACAUGAGACAGCAUUCCUUCAUCCUGCCUUCUAAAAGCUAGGAGAUCAAGGCAUACAGUGGAGUCUUCUCAGGGAAGAUGUCAUCUUUGACAAUGAAAACCCGUUGUCUGGACAAAAGAGGAAGUUUCUUUAAGCUCAUUGACACAAUUGCCUCAGAAAUCGGAGAACUGAAACAGGAGAUGGUACAGACAGAUCUCACAGUGGAAGAUGAAUCUGCUGAUUGGCGAAGUCUAAUAAAGGACAUGGAUAAUGUCUCUCCUGAGAAAAAUGAUGUAAAAAGCUGCCCCCGGGACUCUGGAUAUGACAGCCUAUCCAACAAGCUAAGCAUAUUGGACAAGCUCCUUCAUACUCACCCCGUGUGGCUGCAGCUUGGUCUGAAUGAUGCUGAAGCCAUGGAAAUUUUGCAGGCCCAGCCUCCUGGGAUAUUUCUGGUUAGGAAAUCUGCAAGGCUGCAGAAGAAAGUCAUCUCUCUGCGUCUGUCCAGUGACUGUGGGUCCUGCCUGAAAGAAUUUGCCAUAAAAGAAAGCACAUACACGUUUUCCUUGGAGGGGUCUGGAAUAAGUUUUGCUGAUUUGUUCAGACUCAUUGCUUUCUACUGUAUUAGCAGGGAUGUCCUUCCAUUCACACUGAAGUUGCCUCAUGCAAUUGCUGCAGCAAAGACAGAAGCUGAACUUGAAGAGAUUGCUCAGCUUGGACUGAACUUUUGGAGCUCCCUGGCUAACAGCAACCCCCCGGAUCCUUCACCUCCCUGUAGGCCUGUGCCUUUGGACAGUGCUUGCAAAGACUCACGCCAGCUCUGCCUUAUAAAUGGAGUGCAUUCUAUACGAACCAGAACGCCUUCAGAGCUGGAGUGCAGCCAGACCAACGGAGCGCUGUGUUUCAUUAAUCCCCUCUUCUUAAAAGUGCACAGCCAGGAUGUCAGUGGAAGUCUGAAAAGGCAGAGCCCGAGAACUCAAGACGUGAAUGGCACAGCGAGGCCUCGCUCCCCCCCGCCCCGGCCGCCACCUCCUGCUAUUAAUAGCACCCUCACGAGCCCACAGCUUUCCAGGACUAUAAAGCAGGCGAGCAUGCCAGAAACAGUCAACCAUAAGGAGAGAGGCUUGGAUUUGCUGCAGAACAAGCCCACCCCGAUUCCGCCUCCUCGGCUGAAGAAGCAGGCUGUGUGCUCCGAGGCGGACGGUGCCUCCCGGAGCACGGCGGCGAUCCGGCCUGGCUCCGCACGCGUGCCCGAGGCAGCUGCUGUUCCAGGUGAAACCCUGCCCGAGUCAGCUCCAGCAGCUUCCAAAAAGACGCCGGCUGCCAUCUCUGAGUCACACGUCCCGUGGAAUGGAGGCCGGCAGAGACUGAGCGACAUGAGCAUUUCCACCUCCUCGUCGGACUCGCUGGACUUUGAUCGGAGCAUGCCGCUCUUUGGCUAUGAGGGGGACACCAACAGCAGCCUGGAGGACUUUGAGGGGGAAAGUGACCAAGAGAGCAUGGCACCCCCUUUGAAGCCCAAGAAGAAAAGAAGCAGUUCGUUUGUUCUCCCCAAGAUUGUGAAAUCUCAGCUACGGAAAGUCAGCGGAGUUUUCAGUUCCUUCAUGACCCCCGAGAAGAGGAUGAUUAAGAAAAUUGCAGAGAUGUCCCGGGACAAACGCACCUAUUUUGGAUGCUUAGUACAGGACUAUGUCAGCUUUCUCCAAGAAAACAAGGAGUGCCAUGUUUCGAGCACUGAUAUGCUGCAAACAAUUCGUCAGUUCAUGACCCAAGUCAAGAACUACUUGUCCCAAAGCUCCGAACUUGAUCCCCCAAUCGAAUCACUGAUUCCUGAAGACCAAAUAGAUGUUGUGCUGGAGAAGGCCAUGCAUAAGUGCAUUCUGAAGCCGUUGAAGGGUCACAUUGAAGCGAUGUUGAAAGAGUUUCAUACCACGGAUGGUUCCUGGAAACAACUGAAGGAAAACCUGCAGCUGGUGCGGCAGAGGAAUCCUCAGGAACUGGGCGUGUUUGUUCCCACACCAGACUUUGUGGACGUUGAAAAGAUUAAAGUCAAGUUCAUGACUAUGCAGAAGAUGUAUUCACCUGAAAAGAAAGUCAUGCUGCUGCUGAGAGUUUGCAAAUUGAUUUACACUGUUAUGGAGAAUAACUCAGGGAGGCUGUAUGGAGCUGAUGACUUCCUGCCUGUGUUGACGUAUGUGCUAGCCCAGUGUGAUAUGCUGGAGCUGGAUACUGAAAUCGAAUACAUGAUGGAGUUGCUGGAUCCAUCCUUGCUGCAUGGAGAAGGAGGCUAUUAUUUGACAAGUGCUUAUGGAGCACUUUCACUGAUCAAGAACUUCCAGGAAGAACAAGCUGCCCAACUGCUCAGCUCAGAGGCCAGGGAUACUCUCCGGCAGUGGCACAAGAGGAGGACAACGAACAGGACAAUACCUUCAGUUGAUGAUUUUCAGAACUACCUUCGUGUUGCAUUCCAGGAAGUUACCAGUGGCUGUACGGGAAAGACUUUGCUAGUAAGGCCGUAUAUCACUACCGAAGACGUAUGUCAGCUUUGUGCUGAGAAGUUUAAAGUGGCAAAUCCAGAAGAAUACAGCCUGUUUCUUUUUGUUGAUGACACCUGGCAACAACUGACAGAGGAUACGUACCCUCAGAAGAUCAAGGCGGAGUUGCACAGCCGUCCGCAGCCCCAGGUCUUUCACUUUGUCUACAAGCGCAUUAACAGUGACCCAUACGGGGCCAUCUUCCAGAACAGCAACGACUCAGCUUCUUAAAACCAGCAACUUGUCAUUUUAACGUCUGCUCCUUGUUAAUUGUUACAAACAUCUUCCUUGGCUACCUUCCUUAGGAGCUAAAACAUGUCUUAAACCAUAAGUGCCUGGUAAAACACGCGCUGACAUUUCUGGCAAUGCUUACAAAGCUCAGGCACACUGUGCACGUGACCUGCUAUGCAGAAUAUUCCACCAGCAUGUCUGAGGAGACAGCCCACGAGGCUGCAUUUCUUGUACCACGGGCUCCUUUGCAGCAUGUGGCCCCUCAGAGGUCUUUGCUGUAGUGUGCCAAAGCCGAUUUCCUUACACUCGGCGUUUCCACAGACGUCACUCUGAUUUGAAUCUGUGUGCAAGACGAGCAUUUCUGUGAACUGGCCGGGGUGAGCUCAGUUCUGCCAGCAGGAGUUUGACAAGGCUGUCCGAUGCAGGGCAUCAGUUCACUCAGCAUUACCUGGAUGAUUGCAUCCUUUUCUAAUUUUUUUUGAUUACAGAAAAUCAUCAUGUUUAUAUAUAUAUAUAAAAUAGAUAUUUUAUAGCAGUUGCAGGUAAACUGUCAGGGUUGGUUUUGGAAAUAUUUUUUUAACUAUAAAGUAUUCUAUAAUUAUGCAUGUGAUUUUUAACAUUUAAUAUACAAGAAUAAAUCUCUUGCUGGUUUUAGAGUAUUGCCUUAAAA